CACGACUUUUCUGCAGGUUCCCAUCUCAGCACUUUUACUCCAAGGUCACUCAGCUACUAACUGACAAGUACCCUCAGCUCCAAGAUGUUAUAGGAACUGGAUCAGACUCGUGGAGAGUAGCACUGCGGUACAAGUUCAAAAAUGAAAGACGUCGCCUUUCAGACGACGUCCGGGUUGCUGAAAACCGUGCAAAAUUUGGAUCAAAAAGACCAAAUGAUGGAGGUGCAGCCACACAGCUGAAGCGGCAAAAAAAGAUUAAGCUGAACAUCACUGCUUCGGCUUUGGCUGGAGAGGACGAAGCCAGCCUGAUCGCCCAUGAGGAAUGGCUUAUACGAGAAGGACGAAAGGCAGCUCCUGAUGAAAAAGGAAUCCAUGAAAGGAUGACUCUCACUGCAAGGAAGAGGCUCUCUGACAUGGCACAAAUGGGCAUUGAUGCUGUUAGGACAAGGUACCCAUACCUGAUGGACUCUCAGCGAUUCGCUAAAGAUUUCGAGAGGCUCACGAAGAUGAACCUGGCCGACAAAGUCGCAAAAGGGAUUGACAAGAUCGUUCUGUUGGCCACAAAGAAGGCGAUCGACUGCCAGGAGCAUGUCCUACUUACACUGCAAGCAGCACCGCACAUGGAUCUGGGGAGGCUCAGGACACGGCACAUCCUGACUGUUGCAACUCUGCGCAUUUUGGCACUGAACGUCAAGGAGUCAACAUCACUGCCCCUAAUGUUCGUGCAAGAAGAUGAUGAAAACAUCCCACCGACACCGUGUGUCCUGUACAGCGGGCAAGACUUAGAGGAUGCAGACUUCUUUCACCUGGUUGUUGAUCGUGAGAGGUUGUUCUCCGUUCCAAAUGCCGAGGAGGGGCUGUGUAUGUUGUUGGCAGCCUAUUGGUUGUUCAGUAUACAAUAUGAACGGAAGGCCUUCAACAUGCUCGUCACUCUGGAGAGGCUUUUUCUCGGCAUGAGCCACACAACUCCAAGGGCAGUGGUAAUUAAAUUUUUAAACAAAGUUUGCAGGCACGUGCAUGGUUGAAGCAAUGAUUUGUGCUUCAACCACACGCGCAUUAACUGCUUCGUUACGGUUCAGUUUGAGCUUUUUCUUUUUUUUUUUUUUUUUUUACGGUGUUAGUUUGCAGGCUCUGUAAAAAUGGAUGUCCACCCACGGGACAGUGGGGCUUUACAGUUCAAGUAAGGAAAAUGAACACAUAUUUUAUUCAACAUUUUAUAAGUUAAUUUUUACAAAAUAGGUUUUGGGAAGAAUAGCAAAACUGGAGUGAUACCGGCAGAGAAAUGAGGCUCAUUUAUUGGUACGAAAAUCAAAGAAGCAGUGCCAGUCAGUUUCAGUGCAGAGGUAGGUUUCACAGGAC